CUCCCAUGUGCGCCUCAAAAGCGCGUCCCCUGGUGCGGAGCCUCUUUUUUUCAUACAUUUUGCCGCAAGAUGAGAGUCCUCAGAUAUCUGCUCUCAGCAAAGAAUGAGAUUAUUCUCUUCUUAACUCCGCUUCUUCUUCUUCCGCUGCCUUUGGUGAUCGGCUCGUCGCAAGCAGAAUGUGCCUAUGUGAUCAUCCUGAUGGCGGUGUACUGGUGCACGGAGGUGAUCCCUCUGGCCGUGACAGCCCUGCUCCCCGCGCUCCUCUUCCCCCUCUUCGGCGUCAUGGAGUCCAAAGAUGUGUGCAUGCAGUACCUGAAGGACACAAACAUGCUGUUUGUGGGAGGGCUGAUGGUCGCCGUGGCUGUGGAGCACUGGAAUCUCCACAAACGCAUCGCCUUGAGGGUGCUGCUCUUCGUGGGUGUGCGUCCAGCGCUCUUGAUGUUGGGUUUCAUGGGUGUGACAGCCUUCCUGUCCAUGUGGAUCAGUAACACCGCCACCACCGCCAUGAUGGUGCCCAUCGUCCAGGCGGUGCUGGAACAGCUCAAUAACACUGAAGCUGAAAUUCCCCAGAUCCUCAGCUCAGAUGAGCACGUCCCGACAUCAGACAUCGACAGCAAACCUCCUCUGCAGUCCGACAAGCACACCGAGGCCCAAGGUCCAGUCGUGGUGACUUUCUUAGACGCCAAUGUGGAGAUAGAGAAACAAAAAGAGGCGGCUGAAAGACGGAAAAUGUGUAAAGGGAUGACCCUGUGUGUGUGUUACGCUGCCAGCAUCGGGGGCACAGCCACACUGACCGGAACUGGCCCAAAUCUGGUGCUCAAGGGUCAGAUGAACCAACUGUUUCCAGAAAACGGGGAUGUGAUUAACUUUGCGUCCUGGUUCGGCUUUGCCUUCCCGAACAUGAUCCUCAUGCUCACACUGGCCUGGCUUUGGCUGCAGUUUGUCUUCAUGGGAUUCAACUUUAAGAAGACGUGGGGCUGCGGGGCUGUGAAGACAGAGAAAGACAUCGCUGCCUAUAAUGUGAUCCGCGAGCAGCAUCGCCUGCUGGGGCCCAUGUCCUUCGGAGAGAUAAACGUCCUGGGGGUCUUCAUCUUGCUGGUGGUCCUGUGGUUCACCAGAGAUCCCGGCUUUGUCCAGGGUUGGGCAACAUAUGUCUUUAAUUCUGAAGCAGAGUUUGUGACGGACGCUACAGUGGCCAUCUUUGUUGGCAUUCUUCUCUUUGUUCUGCCCUCUAAACCUCCACGUUUCUGCUCACGGAGGAAUCACAGUUUUGACACAGUGCCCCGUCAAACUGGCCCCACGCCUGCUCUCCUCACCUGGAAAAUCGUCCAAAAGAAGCUGCCAUGGGGCAUCGUGCUGCUUCUCGGAGGAGGCUUUGCUCUGGCUAAAGGCAGUGAAGAUUCAGGACUCUCCAAGUGGAUGGGAGAUCAGAUGACACCACUGCAAAACAUCCCUCCCUGGGCAAUUGCUAUCAUCUUGUGCCUACUGAUUGCCACUUUCACAGAAUGCACCAGUAAUGUGGCCACAGCAACACUCUUCCUACCUGUCUUAGCUUCAAUGUCUCAGUCCAUCAAGAUGAACCCGCUGUACGUCAUGGUGCCUUGUACUCUGAGUGCCUCCUUUGCCUUCAUGCUGCCUGUUGCAACGCCUCCCAACGCCAUCGUCUUCUCUUAUGGCUACCUCAAAGUUGCUGACAUGGCCAAAACAGGAAUCGUUAUGAACAUCAUUGGGAUCCUGUGCAUCACUCUGGCCAUUAACAGCUGGGGCAGGGCCAUGUUCCAGCUGGACACGUUCCCCACGUGGGCCAACUACACUGGGGCGUGAGCCUCGUUCCGCCACCGGAGGUGAUCCGU